CACAGUCCGCGGAAAAACUUCGGAUUCCCUAUUGCCACAAACAUGAGUGAUGACAGUAACGGAAUUGGGGGGUUCCAACCUCUCUGGAACUUCAGCGGGUCGCUGGUCAACCAGUCAGCUGACCUGUUCUCCAAUAGCUCAUGUAACGGAUCCACCACCAACUCAACGUCCUGCUCUCUUACUGACAGUGAGGUGUUGGCAGGAAAUCCAUACAAAGCCCUGGAAAUGUUUCUUAUUGCUUUGGUGACAGGAUCUCUUAGCUUUGUGACUGUUACAGGAAAUAUUUUAGUUAUGCUGUCUAUCAAAGUAAACCGCCACUUGCAGACUGUCAAUAACUAUUUCUUAUUUUCAUUGGCAUGUGCUGACUUGAUAAUAGGUGCUUUUAGCAUGAACUUGUACACGGUCUACAUCAUUGUUGGCUACUGGCCACUUGGGCCAGUGGUGUGUGACCUGUGGUUAGCGUUAGAUUACGUAGUCUCAAAUGCUUCUGUGAUGAAUUUAUUAAUCAUUAGCUUUGAUCGCUACUUCUGCGUAACAAAACCCCUCACAUAUCCAACCAGAAGGACAACUAAGAUGGCAGGAUUAAUGAUUGCAGCAGCGUGGAUCUUGUCAUUCAUCUUGUGGGCUCCCGCCAUCUUGUUCUGGCAGUUCAUUGUUGGACAGCGGACGGUACCACCGGGGGAAUGCUAUAUUCAGUUCCUAUCUAAUCCCGUGGUAACAUUCGGGACAGCGAUAGCGGCGUUCUAUCUCCCCGUCAUUAUCAUGACAGUCCUGUACAUCCACAUCUCGUUAGCCUCCAGGAGCAGGGUCUCUAAACAAAAACCCGAGAAGAAAGAGAAGAAGGGGAUAAAGGCUCACUGCCUAAUAAAGAGUCACCUGUUAAAGCAGAACAAUAACAACGAGACGAGUCCUCAGGCCAGUCCCAGAUCUACUCCUAAACUCAGUUUGGACUCGACCACCACGGCGUUAGAGGUCACGAAGAACGGAAAGCUGGAGGAGCAGAAACCUGUGAAGCCUGAGCCUUCAGGACAUCCUAGUCCCAGACUCGCUCAGGAGGAAAAAGAGAGUUCAAACGAUUCGUCCACAGCGUUUAUUCCUCCUGCUGAACCGACGGCCAAGAACGAAACGGCAUCUGAGGUCGUAUCAAAUCCAAGUCCUCUCGUCACAACCACAACCAACUCCGACGUUCCCAAGAUGCCUAUUUCCUCCAGGUGGUCCAAGAUAAAGAUUGUGACGAAGCAAGCUGGAGAUGAGUGUAUAACAGCUAUAGAGAUCGUCCCACCUGUGGAAGGAGCUCAGACACAUUCAAUCCCCAUCAGCCGUCCCAGGACCGUGGCAAGAAAGUUUGCAAGCAUUGCAAGAAGCCAAGUAAAGAGGAAAAGACAGAUGGCUGCCAGAGAAAAGAAAGUAACCAAGACGAUAUUUGCAAUCCUCCUGACUUUCAUCAUCACAUGGACGCCGUACAACGUCAUGGUGCUGAUAUCGACCUUCUGCCAGUCCUGCGUGCCGGACACGGUGUGGGCCAUCGGCUACUGGCUGUGUUACGUCAACUCCACCAUCAACCCGGCCUGUUACGCACUGUGCAACGCCACGUUCAAAAAGACCUUCAGAAAUCUCCUGCUGUGCCAGUAUAAAAACAUAGGUACAAGAUGAGAUGACGGUUUAAACCACGUGGAGAGCGGAGAACAACGCAGGGUGAAAGGAAAUAUUGGUCAAA